UCGACCCAUGUAGACAUGACCGAUCAACAGAGGCGCACAGUGAUGACGUUCGUCAACAUGUCUUCUCAUCUGCAGUGGAUGGUCAUUAGGAACUGCUCCAGCUUCCUCAUCAAGAGGAAUGGACAGACUUACAGCACCGAGCCCAACAACCUGAAGUCCAAGAACUCCUUCCGUUUCAACGGGCUGGUGCACAGGAAGACUGUUGGUGUUCAGCCUGCAGCUGAUGGAAAGGGUGUCGUUGUCGUGCUGAAGAAGCGUGCAGGCCAGCGCAAGCCUGCCAAUUCAUAUGAGAAGAUCACCAUCAACAAGAACUCCCGUGCCACUCUCAGCAGCCUGAGGCACAUCAUCCGCAAGAGCAACUACAGAAAGGACCUGCGCAUGGCUGCUCUGCGUCGUGCCAGCGCCAUCCUGAUGAGCCAGAAGCGUGUGGUGGUGGUGAAGAGGCGUUCCAAGGCUGCCAAGACUGCAUAAAGUUGCAGAGUUAUGACAAAUAAAAAUAAAAAAUGGGUUUGAGAAACACUACCCUGUCAGUCUUCAAUCUUUGGGUCGUAAGAAUAAAGAGCAAUGCCUCAAGUUGGCAUUAACACCACUGUA